AACUGCAAAUUUAAUGAAUAACGGGCAAAAGGGGAAAGGGUUGGAGUUAAAGAGAAUCAUGGGACGGGAUUACGACGUCGAAUGAAUCCUCUGUCUCACUGACUCGAGCCAUCAAUGGAUGACCGAAUGUGAUUGAUGAUGAUGAGCGAGUGAGUGCGUGAGGUGUCGGACGUCUCCUCUCCCUUACCGCAUUUCCACUUGUCUUUCCCUGAAAGGCUUUCAUUCUCAAUUCCCCGACGGACGGGUUUAGCUCUCAAUUUCCCAAUUCCGACGCAUUUGUCGGUUGGUAAGCCGAUUCUGUUGUUGCUCCGAUAUCAGGCUUGUUUUUUAGAUUGAUUUCGGUCCGAUCGUUGCUGGAAUCCACGGAUUUCGGCAGUUAUUUUAUUUCUAGGCUGCGUUCUUCGCUGGACAUGGAAUCGAACCGUAAGAGUAAUCGCCAAGUUGAAAGAGCCCUUUGCUAUUCGACCUUGGAAAAGAGACCCAGUGUUUCGCCAUCUGUCAUUGUCAUAGGUGCUGGUUUUGCAGGCAUUGCAGCUGCACGAGCUCUUCACAAUGCUUCAUUUCAGGUUAUAUUGUUGGAAUCGCGCAAUCGAAUCGGUGGAAGAGUUCAUACUGAUUAUUCAUUUGGUUUCCCUGUUGACUUGGGCGCUUCGUGGUUACAUGGUGUUUGCAAGGAUAAUCCUCUAGCACCUGUUAUUGGAAAACUGGGGCUACCAAUGUAUCGCACCAGUGGAGACAACUCAGUUUUGUAUGACCAUGAUCUAGAAAGUUAUGCCCUUUUUGAUAUGGAUGGAAAUCAAGUUCCCCAAGAUUUAGUCUCGAGGGUUGGUGAAACAUUUGAGAGCAUCUUAAAGGAGACGGAUCUUGUAAGAAAGGAAUCCAGCGAGGAUAUGUCUGUGCAGCGCGCCAUCUCGAUUGUUUUUGAGAGGAGACCAGAUUUAAGGUUGGAGGGGUUGAGUCAUAAAGUGUUGCAGUGGUACCUAUGCAGGAUGGAAGGAUGGUUUGCUGCAGAUGCCGAGACCAUUUCACUUCAAUGCUGGGAUCAGGAGAAGUUGCUCCCUGGUGGGCAUGGGCUAAUGGUGCGUGGAUAUCUUCCUGUUAUCAACACCCUUGCUAAAGGUCUCGACAUCCGAUUGGGCCACAGAGUCAUGAAAAUCGUAAGACAUUAUAAUGGUGUGAAAGUGAGUGUAGAAGACGGGAACGUUUUUCUGGCUGACGCUGCAGUCAUUGCUGUUCCCCUCGGUGUUCUUAAAUCAAAAAGCAUUGCGUUUGAGCCGAGACUGCCUGAGUGGAAGGAAGCUGCCAUUGAUGACCUUGGAGUGGGGAUCGAGAACAAGAUUGUUUUGCACUUUGAAGAGGUGUUUUGGCCAAAUGUGGAGUUUUUGGGAGUGGUAGCGCAAACUUCUUACGAAUGCAGCUAUUUUCUCAACCUGCACAAGGCCACGGGGCACGCGUUCCUCGUUUACAUGCCGGCAGGGAAACUGGCCCGCGACAUUGAGAAAAUGUCAGACGACGAAGCUGCCAAAUUCGCAUUCACGCAGCUUCAAAGAAUCCUUCCGAAUGCCUCUGCACCGAUACAACCUUUGGUUUCGCACUGGGGGACGGACAGCAACUCGCUGGGCUCGUACAGCUAUGAUGCAGUGGGGAAGCCCCACGACGUGUAUGAGAGGCUGAGAAUCCCGGUCGACAACCUGUUUUUCGCAGGGGAGGCUACGAGUGACGAGCAUCCAGGGUCGGUGCAUGGGGCGUACUCGACAGGGGUGGCGGCGGCAGAGGCGUGCAGGAUGCGGGUGCUGGAGAGGUAUGGGCAGUCGGAGCUGUUCCAGGUCCAGCCGGCGAUGGUGAUGGCUCCGCCGGCAAUCCCGGUGCCGUUGCUUAUCUCCCGAAUGUAGAACUCAUCAUAUAUAUAUAUAUUUAUAAUAUUGGAACUCGCAGCCAUAAUUCUUAAGCUGUGGCUUUGGUAAACCCGACCGAACCUAGUAACCGGCUACCUGAUAAUUGUAUCUCUAUAGGCUACACUGUAACUAUUCCUACAUACUAUUGUCAUCCUAACAAAAUUGCACUUGGAAACUCAAGUGCAAAAUGUAGGUAAACCAAACAUGUGCCAAUUUAUAAGUUACUGACGAUAAAAAUUAGAUAAAUUAUGUGACAUUUCAUUGUAUUUUAG